AUGACCCGCAAACCCUCGAAACCCUCCAAAUGCCCGGUUUCCGUGAACUAUCACUUCACCCGACGGUGCAACAAAGCCUGCGGCUUCUGUUUUCACACCGCGUCUUCCUCACACAUCGAGUCCCUCGCAAACAUGAAGCAGGCCCUCGCCCUCCUCAAAGAUGCAGGCAUGCGGAAGAUCAACUUCGCCGGCGGCGAGCCGUUCCUCUACCCAAAUACACUGGGCCAGAUGGUCGACUACUGCGAGGAGACCCUUCGCCUAGAAUCCGUCUCCAUCGUCACCAACGGGAGCAAAGUGACGGAGCGGUUUCUCGCCCGACACGGAUGCAACAUCGACAUCCUGGCCGUCUUGUGCGACUCGUUCAACGAGUCGGUCAACGUUGCCAUCGGCCGCAGCUCCGGCAACUAA